AUGGUUGGCGGAAGUUCAAGCGGAAAAACACAAACAAUUUUAAAUAUUAGAAAGGAUUUUAAUAUUGCGAUAAGGAUUUAUCAAAUUAUGGACAUGUUAUUGUGGGAAUUGAAAGUAGUAACGGAUGAAUCUAUGCAAUUACCAAUGUAUUUAAUUCCGAAAUUUUGUAAAAUGAAACGAAACUGGAAGAAAGAAAGAAAAGUUUAUUUACAGAGAUUGGAUGAAAAAUUUAGAAAGAAAUUGGAAUUAUAUGAUGUUUCUAUUGAUUCUUUGGUGGAAGUGGUUGGAAAAUCCAUUGGAAAGGAUAAACAUUUGAGUCCACUUAUGGAUAAACAAAUUUUCAAACGGUUGACCAAAUCAGAUUUUGACAUUCUUGAAAAAUGUAAAAUAAUUCUCAAGACCUUUUACAUAUUCGAGACGUGUAAUUUUCCCUUUAGAGUUGUUAACGAGCAGAAUGUCGGAUUAGUACUGGUUUCGACUAACAUUUUUAAACUACCUCAAGCUAUUACAAAUUUGAAAGCUUUGAAAAUAUUCGAAACUGUUUUAAUUUAUGUUUCAUUGACUGGAUUUUUAGAUAAUACAGACAUUAGAAAUCAUAUUAGAUAUUCGAAUGAAUUGGAUAGGACCAUAGAAAGUCUGAUUGAAAAUGUUGUACAGUUUCCUGAUAAGAGAUUUGAAUUUGUAUUUACAAAACCAGAUUUAUUAGAAAUGGUACUAUCAAAAGGUGUUGAAUAUCCUAGACGAAUACUUCAUUCAACAAGAAAUGAGUUUCGUUCAAUUCCAUCAUUUGCCAAAACUCUGAAAAUCAUUAGCUCAAUAAUUGCAGAAUGCGAAGAAAAGUUUCUCCACUUUACCAACUAUCAAAAACCAUUCCAAUUUCAUAUUGCUCGGGCUAAUUUGUUAAAUGAAAUGGAGAGAGUACUUGCUAGUGCAACAGGUAACCAUUUCAAACAGUUUAUUACACCAAUUAUCAAAUUUUAUACUCCACCAUUCGAAUCAUCUCAAAUCAUGAUCGCUUUUUCAGAUAUUUCAUUUACGAUUUCUAUGUAA